CGCCGCUGGCUCCAGUGCCACGUGGCGCCGUCCUUUUUGUUCCCUCUGCUCUCCUCACCCAUAAAUACGCGCGAAAAAAUGAGAUGAAAAAUCAGCAGCACCAACCACACCACACACACCCAAGCAGACGCAAGCGCAAAAGCGAAAGUGAAGCGAACAACGCAUCCCAGUCUGCUGACGUGGGCAGUAACGACCCCAUGGAGGCCGUGCUGAUGCUGCGGGCGGCGGCGGCGGCGGCGGCUUCGCCGGCGAGGUGGAGGUGCUUCGGGGAGGCGUCGUUGGCUGGUCAAGGCCAGCCGGGCGUUGUACGGCUAGGCUUUGCGCGGCGUUCAAGUGGGGCCGUCCGGGCUAGGCUGGGCCCCGCGCGGGCCCACCUCUCCGUCGAGCCGCGCAAGGACGUCACCGGCGCCGAUCAGGUGGACGACGAGGAGGAGGACGCGGGGGCGGUAACGCUGUUCGUGGGCCUCCCCGCGGACGUGGUGGUCUCCGACGGCCGAGCGGUGAACCGCCCCAAGGCCGUGUCGGCCGCGCUGCGCGCGCUGAAGCUGCUCGGCGUUGACGGCGUGGAGAUGCCGGUGUCCUGGGCCAUCGUACAGCCUGGCUCUGGCGACUUGUUCGAGUGGGCCGGGUACGUCGCCGUUGCCGGCAUGGUCCGCGACGCGGGGCUCAGCCUCCGUGUCUCGCUCAACACCGACGGGGCCGCGCUCCCCCGAUGGGUCGCCGCCCCUGACGCCCUCUUCACAGACCGCUCCGGGCACCGCCGCGAGGGGUGCCUCUCCUUCGCCGUCGACGAGCUCCCGGUGCUCGCCGGCAAGUCGCCGCUCGAAGCAUACGAAGCCUUCUUCCGCAGCUUCGCCGACGUUUUCGAAGAUUUCUUUGGAUCUACAAUUACGGACGUGACUGUGAGCCUGGGUCCCAACGGCGAGCUCCGGUACCCGUCGUACCCGCCGGGGAGAUGCGGCUCCGGGGUCGGCGAGUUCCAGUGCUACGACAAGUACAUGCUGGCCAGGCUGAAGAGGCACGCCGAGUCUUCCGGGCAGCCGCUGUGGGGCCUGACAGGUCCGCACGACGGGCCGCGGUACGACGAGUCGCCGGAGUCGUCCGCAUUCUUCAGGGAGCCCGGUGGCUCGUGGAAAACCGAGUACGGGGGCUUCUUCCUGUCCUGGUACACCGGGGAGCUCCUGGGCCACGGCGACCGCGUCCUGGCCGCAGCGUCCAGGGCGUUCGGCGGCAAGCCCGUCGAGCUGUCCGCCAAGGUGCCGCUCCUGCACAGGUCGCGCCCCACGGAGGCCACCGCCGGGCUCCACGGCGGGUACGGCCCGGUGGCCGAGAUGUUCGCGCGGCACGCGUGUACGGUGAUCGCGUCCGGCGUGGAGGACGCUGCCGGGUCAAGCCCGGCGGAUGAGCUCCUGGUCCGGAUCAAGGACGCCUGCUCACAGCACGGGGCGCGGCUCGCCGCGGAGAGCGUGCCGUUCGCCGUGGCGAAAGACGGGGCCCGCUCCACGGGCGCCUGGGCUGCGCUGCUAACCGCCGAGCGCACCCGGCCCUGCCAGUUCACGUACCAGCGGAUGGGCGCGGAGUUCUUCUCGCCGGCCCACUGGCCGCAGUUCGUGCAGUUCGUGCGCGCCCUGGAGUGCCCGGAGGAGGUCCACGAGGACGACCUGCCGGGCGCCAUUGACGGCGGCGAGCUGCUCACCGUGCCGUCCGCCUCCGAGCAGGGCGACGCGAGGGAGGUUCAGACCGUGUGAGUGACACGGCGUUAUCGCGUCUUCUCGAUGUACUACUGUGUGUCUAGUACUACUGUGUCCAGUACUACCGUGUAGUAGCAGUUUUAUAGUACUUCAUUUAGGAUGAUUGAGCAGUAAAUUUGUGCUGCGAUGAGAUGAGAUAAUGAUUGUAGCAGGGCUGUAUGUUGGAGUUUGUAAAAAGUAGUUUAUAGAUUGUAAAUUGUAGAGGUUAAAUUGUAAAAAUUGGAUUGUAUAAUUUAUAUAAUAGAUUGGUAGAUUAUUGUAAUUUAGGAGCCGGAUUGUAUACUCUACUUAUAAACAGGGUCUCAAUAAGAACAA